AUGUGGAUUUUUGUUCGAGGGAUUUGUGCAUUGAGCAUUGGAAUAGCGAUAAUAUUUGGGAGAGGAACAGAAGCUCAGUCUUAUCGAUCUGUGGGGGAGAAGAAGGUGGCAUGGCGGACUGUGGUGGUGGACCAGAGCGGCCAUGGAAAUUUCUCCACUAUUCAAGCCGCCAUUGAUGAUGUUCCUUCAAACAAUAGGUUUUGGGUCUCCAUUUUAGUCAAGGCUGGAGUUUACAGAGAGAAGGUGACAAUCCCAUAUGAUAAGCCAUAUAUAAUUCUGAAGGGACAAGGGAAGAGAAGAACAAGAGUUGUUUGGGAUGACCAUCUCAAUAUUGCUCAAAGCCCUACUUUCACUUCUUCUGCUGAUAAUAUUGUUGUCAAAUGUAUAAGUUUUGAGAAUUCAUAUAAUGAUCCAUGGAACAAUGGAAACCCAAGGGUUCCAGCAGUAGCAGCGAUGGUGACAGGCGACAAGUCGUCUUUCUAUAAAUGUGGUUUCUAUGGCUUACAAGACACCUUAUGGGAUGCCCUUGGACGACACUACUUCCAUCGUUGCACUAUCCAAGGAGCUGUCGACUUUAUUUUUGGAACUGCCCAAUCCAUUUAUGAGGGAUGUACAAUAUCAGUAGUCGGAGAAGCGCUCCCACCAAGAAUCACAGGAUUUAUAACAGCACAAGGAAGAACAGACCCAAAUGAUGGAAAUGGGUUUGUUUUCAAAGAUUGUAAAGUGGUUGGGAGUGGCUCAACCUUCUUGGGGAGGCCAUGGAGAGGCUACUCAAGAGUCAUCUUCUACAACUCUAACUUCUCCAACAUCAUAAACCCUAAUGGUUGGGAUCCUUGGCGUUUUGCUGGCCAAGAGGGCCAAUUGACCUACGCAGAAUAUGGCUGCUACGGACCAGGUUCCGACAUGUCGCACCGCGUGAAAUGGGAAAAGAAGCUCAGUUCGGAGGAAAUACGACAACUAACCAGCAUGAGUUUUGUCGACACUGAAGGCUGGCUCCAAAACCAACCUUCCUAA